AUGUGCUCCCGCGGGUCCUCCUGCCACAGCCACGAGACCUCCUGCCAUGGCUCCCGUUCCUCCUGCCACGACUCGGAGCCCUCCUGCCAUUACACCAUCCAGAGGGUCCCUGUGCCCAAGUACACCUAUGUGACACCGUGCUGCCCCCCGGUGCAGACCUUCUGCCCCCCAGUGCAGCGUUACUGCCCCCCGGUGCAGCCCUGCUGCCCCCCAGUGAAGACCUACUGCCCACCCAUCCCCUACUGCCCUCAGUACACCAAGAAUAUCUGCAAGCUGCCGCCAUCAUGCCCCAAAUACUAG